UUCAAAUUACAAAGAAGCGCGCGCGCCAGGCAUUACAAUGAAAGACCAACUAUGGAGAUGGAGCUCGUUGGAAAGAAAAUGCUUAUACCUUCUCCAACAAGCCAACACUACACCACCCUCUCUUCUCCAAAUCCAUGCCUUCAUCCUCCGAAACGCCCUCGAAACCAACCUCAAUCUCCUCACCAAAUUCAUCACCACCAGCUCCUCCUCCCCCUCACACCUGAUCAAACACGCCCGCCGCGUCUUCGAUCACCAACCCAAUAAGCAUGACACGUUUCUCUGCAAUGCCAUGAUCAGAGCCCACAUGGCCCAAUUCGCUGAGUCUUUCGCUCUUUAUAGAGAUCUUAGACAGGACACCGGUUUCGAGCCGGAUGGGUACACAUUCACGGCACUUGCCAAGUCGUGCGGGUUAGAUGGGGACAGAUCCGAAGGAGAAGAGAUUCAUUGUCAUGCUGUUAAGACGGGGCUGUCUUUGGAUUUGUAUGUUUCGACGUCUUUGGUUGACAUGUAUGUGAAGUUUGGGACGAUGGGUUGCGCAAGGAAGGUGUUUGAUGAAAUGACUGAGAGAAACAUAGUGUCGUGGACGGCUCUUGUUUGCGGGUAUGCGAGGACGGGAGAUAUGGGUAGUGCGAGGAGGCUUUUUGAUGAAAUUCCUGAGAGGGACUCGGCCGCGUUUAAUGCGUUGAUUGAUGGAUAUGUCAAGUUGGGGGAAAUGGGGGCGGCUCGAAGUUUGUUUGAUGAGAUGAGGGAUAGGAAUGUGGUGACUUGGACUAGUAUGAUAUACGGUUACUGCCAUCGAGGUGAUGUAGAGGCCGCUAAAUCACUCUUUGAUUCUAUGCCCAAGAAGAAUCUUAUUUCUUGGAAUGUGAUGAUUGGUGGUUAUUGCCAAAACAAACGUCCCCGUGAAGCCGUGAGAUUGUUUCAUGAAAUGCAGUCAACUACAUCGCUUGAACCAGAUGCUGUAACGGUUGUGAGCAUUCUUCCGGCUAUAGCUGAUUUGGGUGCUUUGGAUUUAGGGCAUUGGGUUCACAACUUUGUACAGAGGAAGAAGCUUGAUAGGCUAACCAAUAUAUGCACUGCGCUUGUGGAUAUGUAUGCAAAAUGUGGUGAAAUAAAAAAGGCCCAAAGACUCUUUGAUGAGAUUCCUGAAAAAGAAACGGCUUCUUGGAAUGCUUUGAUAAAUGGGUUUGCAGUCAAUGGCUAUGGAAAGGAGGCACUAGAGGUAUUUUUAGAGAUGCAACGAGAAAAGUUUGAGCCUAACAAUAUAACCUUUGUCGGUGUUUUGUCCGCUUGUAACCAUUGUGGUCUGGUAGAGGAAGGGAAAUUUUGGUUUAGGAAAAUGGAAAACUUUGGGCUCAUUCCACAGAUUGAGCAUUAUGGUUGUAUGGUAGAUCUUUUAGGAAGGGCAGGGUGCUUGGAGGAAGCUGAGAAGCUGAUCAAGAGCAUGCCUUACGAUGUUAAUGGGAUAAUUUUGAGUUCCUUUCUUUUUGCAUGUGGGUAUUGUGAGGAUGUCACGAGAGCCAACAAAACUUUAGAGCAGGCUGUCAAACUGGAGCCAUGGAAUUAUGGAAAUUAUGUUAUGUUGAGAAAUUUGUAUGCCAGAAACAGAAGGUGGAGUGAUGCAGAUAAUAUUAAGAGUUCGAUGCGGAAGAAUCAAGCAGAUAAAGAGGUUGGUUAUACUGUUAUAGAGGUUGAUGGUAGAAUCAAGCAGUUUGUGGCUGGGGACAGGAUGAACACAUCUUCGGAAGCUACCUUGCUACAGAGUUGGAAGCACAUGAUGGGACAAGUCCCAUGUUCUAUGGCUAAGGUGUGAGUUGCAUGAGUCUGGGGAAAGAGAUUCUUUAUAAAACAGCCACAGCGUACAAUUUCAGUGUUCAUCAAUCUUGCUUUAUGUUUCAAGAAACUGCUUGUACACUUCAAAGGAUGGGUUAUACUUGCAGUCCCUUUGGGGGAUCUUUUUCCAAUGGCAGCCUGCAUAUAGAUACUUAGCAAUGCCAAUUGGAAGCUUAAGAUUGCUACUAAUUGUUCAAUGCGUGGGAAAAUUGAACACAUGUAAUUAGAUUUCCUGUGAACUUCCAUUCCUGUCUUACUGCACAUUUUGGAGAACGGUACCAUAUCGAUCUAUAUAAAGAAUUUGAUUGCUUCUUGACUUGUACGGUGGUAUAUUGUAAUAUAGGUACUUCACAAACAAAAAAGAAAGGAAUAUAUUAUAUAUGUAGGCAACAACUGCAAGGAACUAUUUCCAUGAAGAAUAUAUUAUAUAUGUAGGCAACAACUGCAAGGAACUAUUUCCAUGAAGACACAAUUUCACAUGCAUGCCUGAUGCCUUCCCAAGCUGAAGUUUCUUCCAAGCGAAUAACCAGAUUUCAAGUAAGGAUCAAUACCUUGCUUUGCAAUGAGUAAACAGGACAUUCCAUAUUACCUUCUAACCUUGUCUCUUAGUAUAAGUACGUUUACAUAUUGUUGUUGGACCUGUUGUGACAAAACUGGUAAAGAAUGGGAUUGAUAAUGGGUUCCAUGUACCUAGGGUCCGCAAAGUUGAUCAAUUAUGCAAUUGAACCGUUGUAUGACAAGUUUAUAAAGGAGCCAGUUACAGAGUUUGACGAGUUUCACGCUGCCAUGCUUGGUGUUUGCAGCGCUUUAAAUGCUGCUAUGCCCGGUAAACACUACAAUGCGCCCGGACUGGAGGAAGUAAAGUUUUUUUACGGAGAAUGGAAACAAGCUGACGUGCCUGAAAAAAGAGGCUGCUAUUCACCGAGUUUAUGAAAAAUAAUUUUUUUUACGGAUAUUCGAAACAAGCUGACCUGCCUGAAAAAAAGAGGCUGCUAUUCACCGAGUUUAUGAAAAAUAAUGUGAAAAUUAACCAGGCUGAUUCCGCUACCUUGUUGACAGGAGUACUAGCGCCUCCAGCAGCCAUGGCUGCUAAAAAAGCUGGGGAGAGUCUUCCCCAGCUGAAAAUGAUCAAGAACGUCCCAGACGUCCUUUUCGUGCCGUCAGCAACAGUAGUAGCACUCAUUACCGUAAGGUUCUCCAAAAGACUUUUCAUGCGAAACUAGCAACAGAAAAACAACCUGCAUAGAUUAGAAACAUGAUGCCCCCUUCUCCUUUGAGUAAGACCUGAGGUUGCUCUCCCCAAAUCCUUUAUUUACCCCAAAACAAAAGUCCAAUAAACUAUGUGUAAGAUUAUGGCAAUUGUGCAAAUUCUUUAUCAAUGUAAAUUAUUUGUUGGAAAUGUAUCCGAAAAAAAAAAUUGUUAUAAAUGGUAUCUGCAAAGGGGGUAUCCAGGAUCGGUGUUCAAACAA